AUGUUUAGAAACCACAUAUUCAUAGUGGUAUUAUUUUAUAUUUUCAUCUUCGUACAUAAUGGACAGUGCACUCAUUUGAAAGGGACUUUUAAAUCCAGUGAAUUCUUCAAGUUUCUGAUAAAAUUCGGGUUCCAAAAGACUGAUCAACAUCAGUCUGAGGCUACCCAUGGGUACAUAUUCGGGAAUAUCACUUCAAAACAGCAAAUUCCUGUUCAUCUUACUUUUGCAGUAUUGGAUAGAUCUUAUUUUUUAGAUUAUUAUCAAAAUCGCGUAAUUUAUGACAAAGAUAAAGCAUGCAAGAGGAUGUUUGCUACGCUUAAUACUAGGGCAUACGAUAGCAAAUGUAGUAGAAAUGGUAAUGAUUAUUUAAGGAGAAUACCUUGCACGAAAAAUAAAUUGUGCGAUGAUGAAGAUAAUCCCUGGAAUGUUGUUAAAAAUCACCAAUUUACAUAUGUCAUCCAGGAUUUUAAACAACCCAGUUUUUGGUAUCUUUCGAUGGUGGCCUGCUACCAUAACGCCUCAUCUUGCGAUUGGCACUACUAUAACUCAUACACUCCCUUCGAGAUAGACUACGACAUCUGGUUGGUCAACGGAAAUCCUAAUAGUUCGUCUACGAGCACACUAACAUAUCAAUUUUCCUUUGACAGACAAAAUACGAUGGAAUUAUAUCUUCUGUUUUGGCUGUGCUAUAUGGUCUUGGUACCGUUGCAAUGUCAUGCUGUCAAAACGCAGAGGCAUCCAGUUACAAGAUUAUUCACAGCAAGUUUGGUUCUGGAUUUCAUAGCUCUAUGUCUGAUUCUUGUACACACUUUGAGGUAUGCUAUAGAUGGAGAAGGUUAUCCCAAAUUGGCUAUGACCGGUGAUAUUUUUGAUAUACUAUCUAGGACUUCAUUUAUGCUAUUACUGCUUCUGUUGGCCAAAGGUUGGGCCGUCACUAGGCUAGAACUUACUUGGAAACCUUUGGUGUUUGCCAUAUGGUUGUGUUACGGCAUCGUUCACAUAUUGCUGUACGUCUGGAACUUGACUGAAGUGGAUAUUGUAGAAGACAUAGAAGAGUACCAAACGUGGCCAGGAUGGCUCAUAAUCGUUUUCAGAUCAUUGAUAAUGAUUUGGUUCCUAUACGAAUUGCGGACCACAAUGUUGUAUGAGCACAAUACUCAGAAAUUGAAUUUCCUGUUACAUUUUGGUGCCUCCAGUUUGGUGUGGUUCAUAUAUUUGCCCAUGUUGGCACUGAUCGCUCUGCAUGUCAGCGCCUUGUGGAGAUUUAAGCUGUUGUUGGGCAUCACCUACUCUGCCGACUGUUUCGCGUACUGCGUGAUGGCUCACCUACUGUGGCCAACGCGGUCGGAGCAGUACUUCCUAUUGAAGGGCCCCUCUUCAGCUGAACUCGAAGAGCUGGACGAAUUCAACGAGGCACCGCACAUCGUCAACAACUCUUACACUUCGAUGUCGAGUAUCAACUCAUACGAUAUUUGCAAAUACGAUGACGCCCAAAAAACUAAACUGAUUACUAACAUGAACACGUGAAUUAUAUUCGAGAGAGAUAGAUAAUGAGUAGGGAUGGCAACGAUAUAUCGAUGUUGUGUAAAUAUCGAUAUAUUUUAAUCGAUAUAUUACUACCGAUAUAUCGAAAAAAUAUCGAUAUAAUCUUUUCGAUAUAUCGAAAACAUUAAUCAUAAAACGGGCGCACGCGCCCAUGCGAUGUUAAUUGACGUUGGCAGCUAACACGUCAGGCGUGCACCAGGCUCUUUGUUUUGUUUUUAUGUUUGGUCUGAUGUAUGAAUUUGCAUAUUUUUAGUUUUAUUUUCGGUGUCUAGAGUGGUUAAUAAAAAUAUUUUUCUGCAGUAGCAACUUCUGUUCUAAGUGAAGACUAUUUUCGAAAGCUGGUUUGACAGCAACAGAAAGCCAAAACCGUUUAUAUCUGGCAAUAGAAUGUCAUAUUAAUUAUUUUUGAGUUCUCUUCUCAGAAAGCUUUCAAAUAAUGUAUCAUAAACA